GGAUAGAAAUCGAAUGCGCUGUGAAUUUUCUCGCAGUCGUAAACGUCGCAAAAACAAUAAUCAAAAGUCAAGAAUACGACAGACGCCGCCAUCAUAGAUCUUAUCAAUAAUCAAAGAUUUGAACUUAACGUAGCUCGAUCGGGUAAUUGUUCUUAUUGAUUUCAUUUAAUCCGACUAAUUUUGUACUAAUAAAAACGAAAGGGAGAAACGCGAAUACGUAAAUAACGAUUACUCCCUAUGAUGUGCUUCGAGAUAUUAUUCUAAAAUCGGUCGGCUUAAAGGAGAGCAGUAAAUCGUCGCGGUUUUUUGGAAGAGACAAGGCUCUCCCUCGUUUAUCUUUCUGUUUUUCGAGAAGAUGCCGAACAUAGUUUGAAUACGUUAGCCUUCAUCCAUAUCCAUCCAUAUCCACUUUGAUUUGUCUCUUGUAAUUCUUUUCAUAUCAUACAAGCAUCGGGUACAUAAUAAAAGGAGUCAAAAGAAAAUACAGGUCGUUGGCGUGUUGGAAAAUUUUUUCAAAGCAACGUCCCCCUGCUGUUUGCGACGCAAGGGAGAAGAAGAAGAAGAAGAAGAAGAGUUUCCAAGAAAGCGAACGCCUUCUCGGUAUAAUUACCACAACUGCGUUUACAUAUUGGCUCGGUAACUGGCGGCGUGGGUGUUAGAAGAGCAUAUGUGUAAACAGUAAUAAAACAUGUUAGUCGUGGGGCUCCUGGACCGAUCCAAAGCGUCCACCUCCUUCUCAUCGUCAGCGAACACCAAACGAGAACGUUCCUUGAAAAGCUGCGAUGGGCGGGGCUGGACCAACCUCUAAGAUCUCUCCCUGUCAAAUUAAAGACCCUAAAGAGCUUAGAAGAAUCAGCUGAACGAGUCGGAGAUCGCGGAAAAGCCAGUCUCGCGCGAACGACGUGCUGGCACGUUAAACGUUUUACCUUCGAUGUAGAAAGAGAAAGAGAGAUAAAGAGAUAUCAAACGAUCAAUGAUGGAAUCAAAUGGGAAUUUUGUAUUAACGAGAAAUCCAAGAUUCCAUUUGGAAUUGUCGGGGAACAACAAUUUUGCCAAUUGGACUACAGAAAUCUUACCAACGAUCUGCACUUUAUCAAGCGAAUAUUACUACAAUUUUCCCGGGGUCCCGGAAAUGUUGAGAUUGGAGACUACUCGAACAUCUACCAGCACGAACAUGAACAGUCCUCGCCAUCUCUCCUGUUGGACUUUACCUCUGAUCGGUUACAAAGUAAACACCAGCUCGCCUCGUUACGAGAAACCACCCUAUUCAUACAUAGCUUUAAUAGCUAUGGCUAUUAAUUCGUCACCGAAACAAAGACUUACUCUAUCCGGUAUCUACAAGUUCAUCAUGGAGAGGUUCCCUUAUUACAGAGAAAAUCGACAGGGUUGGCAAAAUAGUAUUCGACAUAAUCUCAGUUUGAACGAUUGCUUCGUCAAGAUACCACGCGACAAGAGUAAUCCCGACGAAGACGAAGAACAUGGGGGGACAGCAGGUAAAGGCAGUUAUUGGUGUCUCGACCCAUCCGCCAAUGAAAUGUUCGAGCAUGGUAAUUACAGGCGUAGGAGAACUCGCAAACAACGAGCCUUUUUACAGAGUCAAGAGGAAUCCCGAAGAUCUCUUUUACAACUUUUAGACGAUGAUCGAGGAAAUAUCGAAAGAUGGUGCGAUACCGUUGAGAUUCGGAACACAGAGAACAACGUAGAGAAGGAGAAGGAAGUGGAUUACGCGAGUGGUUCGGAACGUUGCGUUAAAUCGACCAUGUUUACGAUCGAUAAUAUUUUAAGGAAAGCAACACCCGAGGCUAAAAGUUAA